UUUCUAAAGCGUGGAAAGCUCGUGCAACAGAUAACGCUCUUUGGAAAAAUCAAUGUACCCUCGCCGGUUUCCCUACCACUUCGAUACCUUCAUCCUUUAACUACGAUACCGAAUCCGAUGAUUUUUUUUAUCAAUUAUAUAAAUAUCACUUUAUAGUCCAGAACAAUUGGAAUAAGAAAUUAUUUACCCAGGAUCUCAUUCUUGGUCACAAAGAAAGUAUCACAUGCAUCGUCGGAUCUGAAUUAAGCAAUAUAUUCUACUCGGGUUCUUUUGAUAGGACCAUUAAUGUUUGGGAUAUAUCCAGUAAAACUUGCCUCAAGACUUUGGAAGGUCAUCACUCCGCAGCGAUUCAAUGUUUAGCUCUGGCUCAAUCAACACUCGCAUCAGGAAGUUGGGACAAAUCAAUCAUCGUGUACGAUAUAACAAAAGAUUAUGAUAUCAAACGCAAGUUCUUGGGACACGCAGCUGGCAUUAUAUCUUUAGAAAUAAGUUCCAAUGAAACACUUCUUUUUUCUGGAUCCGUCGAUAAAACUAUAAGAAUAUGGAAUAUUGACACCGGCGACUGUUUACAUAGAUUGUAUGGUCACGAUGGCACAGUAGGUACAUUAACUCUAGUUCCUCAGCCCUCCACUGAUGGUCAAGAUGAUCUAUAUUGGCUUGUAUCCGGUUCUAAUGAUACAAACAUUUUUGUAUGGGAUCUUGAUCAAUUAUGCUCAAAAAAACCUCAAAUUAUUAAAAGAUUGGAAGGGCAUACCAGAGCGAUAACCUGCUUAGCCUGGCAUAAAGAUAUAAUAAAGCAAAUUAUUGAUCACAAUCAAAGGAAUUUCAAUUAUCAGAAUCCAGCUCCUAUCAGUACUAUGGAUUUUUUAUCUAUUAACUCUUCUAGUUCAUCACCUCAAACGAAUAAUGAAGAUAAUGAAAUUGAUGAAAAUGAUGAAAAUAAUGAAAAUGAUAUGAAUGAAAAUUAUAUGGAUCUGGAUUCUUAUACAUCAUCUAAUAAUUGUGAUCGAUCGCAAAAUUUUCACAAUCGUUUCAAUUCGCAAAAUUCAUUAUUAUCUACGAACACGAACAAUACAGUACCUUCCACACCCCCUCAUAGUCCUAUUAUGCAAUUAAGUGACUCAGAGAAAUCCUUAAUUACGCUACCAAUUUUUUCAGCCUCGGCAGAUUCCACAAUUCGCAUGUGGGAUUUGUCAACAGGUAGAUCACUUCUUUAUACUAACGAUCAUAUAGACAUCGUCUGGCAGGUUCAAUGUAAUUCGUCACGUCUCGUUUCCGUUUCUUCUGAUGGUUUUAUCAAAACUCGUAAAUGGCGAUGUAAUCACAGCCAUUUUGAAAACCAACAAAUUGGAUUCGACUCUUUAAUCGCUCCAGGAAUUAAACCAUGUUUUAAAAUUUCAUGUCCAGCAAUAACACUUACUCAAGUCGAUCGCAGUGUGACAUGUUUUAAAAUGACACACGAAUGGUUGGUCUGUGGAACGGAAGAUGGCGUCCUUAUAGCACUGAAAUUCGUUGAAUCACAGAAUUAA